UAGCCGCCCGCCGCCCGCCCGCCCCGGCGCCGCCGCCCGCGCCCCGGCGCCCCGGGCCGGCGAGGGGCGCGCCCGUAGCCGCUGCCGCUGCAUGGCGCUGAGAUGGCGGGGGCGCCGCGCGGCCAAGGCGGCGGCGGAGGCGGCGCGGGCGAGCCCGGGGGCGCCGAGCGGGCGGCCGGGCCGGGCGGCCGGCGCGGGUUCCGGGCGUGCGGCGAGGAGUUCGCGUGCCCCGAGCUGGAGGCGCUGUUCCGCGGCUACACUCUGCGGCUGGAGCAGGCAGCCACGCUGAAGGCUCUGGCUGUGCUCAGCCUACUGGCGGGCGCGCUGGCACUGGCCGAGUUGCUAGGCGCGCCGGGGCCCGCGCCCGGCCUGGCCAAGGGGUCGCACCCGGUGCACUGCGUCCUCUUUUUGGCGCUGCUUGUGGUCACCAAUGUCCGGUCCCUGCAGGUGCCUCAGCUGCAGCAGGUCGGUCAGCUGGCGCUGCUCUUCAGUCUCACCUUCGCGCUGCUGUGCUGCCCCUUUGCACUGGGCGGCCCCGCCAGGGGCUCUGCCGGGGCGGCUGCGGGGUCGGCCGCAGCCGAACAGGGGGUUUGGCAGCUUCUUUUGGUCACCUUCGUUUCCUAUGCCUUGCUGCCCGUGCGCAGCCUGCUGGCCAUCGGCUUUGGGCUUGUGGUGGCCGCCUCGCACUUACUGGUUACAGCCACCUUGGUCCCAGCCAAGCGCCCGCGUCUCUGGAGGACGCUUGGCGCCAAUGCCCUGCUCUUCGUGGGUGUGAACAUGUAUGGCGUCUUCGUGCGGAUCCUGACUGAGCGCUCUCAGAGGAAGGCCUUUCUGCAGGCCCGGAGCUGCAUCGAGGAUCGGCUGCGGCUGGAGGAUGAAAACGAGAAGCAGGAGCGGCUGCUUAUGAGCCUCCUUCCCCGGAAUGUCGCCAUGGAGAUGAAGGAGGACUUCUUGAAGCCCCCUGAGAGGAUUUUCCACAAGAUUUACAUCCAGAGGCAUGACAAUGUGAGCAUCCUGUUUGCCGACAUUGUGGGCUUCACAGGCUUGGCAUCCCAGUGCACGGCCCAGGAGCUGGUGAAACUGCUCAAUGAACUCUUUGGCAAGUUCGAUGAGUUAGCCACGGAGAACCACUGUCGUCGCAUCAAGAUCCUUGGGGACUGCUACUACUGUGUGUCAGGCCUUACCCAGCCCAAGACUGACCAUGCCCACUGCUGUGUGGAGAUGGGGCUUGACAUGAUUGACACCAUCACGUCUGUGGCUGAGGCCACUGAGGUGGACCUGAACAUGCGUGUGGGGCUACACACCGGCAGGGUCCUCUGUGGUGUUCUGGGCCUGCGCAAGUGGCAAUACGACGUGUGGUCCAAUGAUGUGACCCUGGCCAACGUCAUGGAGGCUGCUGGCCUGCCUGGGAAGGUUCAUAUCACAAAGACAACCCUUGCGUGCUUGAAUGGGGACUAUGAGGUAGAGCCAGGCCAUGGACAUGAGAGGAACAGCUUUCUGAAAACUCAUAACAUCGAGACCUUCUUUAUUGUGCCAUCCCAUCGGAGAAAGAUAUUUCCAGGCCUGAUUCUCUCAGAUAUAAAGCCGGCCAAGAGGAUGAAGUUUAAGACUGUCUGCUACCUGCUGGUACAGCUCAUGCACUGCCGGAAGAUGUUCAAGGCUGAGAUCCCCUUCUCCAAUGUCAUGACCUGUGAAGACGAUGACAAGCGGAGGGCGUUGAGAACAGCAUCAGAAAAACUGAGAAACCGCUCGUCUUUCUCUACAAAUGUGGUCUACACCACACCGGGCACGCGUGUCAAUAGGUACAUCAGCCGCCUCCUGGAAGCCCGUCAGACGGAGCUGGAGAUGGCGGAUCUGAACUUCUUUACCUUGAAGUACAAACAUGUUGAACGGGAACAAAAGUACCACCAGCUUCAGGACGAGUAUUUCACCAGCGCUGUCGUCCUUGCCCUCAUCCUGGCUGCCUUAUUUGGCCUUGUCUACCUUCUUAUGAUCCCACAGAGUGUGGCCGUCCUGCUCCUGCUGGUGUUCUGUAUCUGCUUCCUGGUGGCCUGUGUCCUCUACCUGCACAUCACCCGGGUCCAGUGUUUUCCAGGGUGCCUGACGAUUCAGAUUCGUACCGUCUUGUGCAUAUUCAUAGUGGUCUUAAUCUAUUCUGUAGCCCAAGGAUGUGUGGUGGGCUGCCUACCCUGGGCCUGGAGCUCCCAGUCCAACAGCUCCCUGGUGGUCCUUGCGGCUGGGGGCCGGCGCACUGUGUUGCCUGCUCUGCCCUGCGAGUCUGCACAUCACGCCCUGCUCUGCUGCCUGGUGGGUACCCUCCCGCUAGCCAUAUUCCUGCGGGUGUCCUCCUUGCCAAAGAUGAUCCUGCUGUCUGGGCUCACCACAUCCUACAUCCUCGUUCUGGAGCUCAGCGGAUACACCAAGGCCGAGGGCGGUGGUGUCUCUGGGCGCAGCUACGAGCCGAUCAUGGCCAUCCUGCUGUUCUCAUGCACGCUGGCCCUGCAUGCCAGGCAGGUGGACGUGAGGCUGCGGCUGGACUACCUCUGGGCAGCACAGGCAGAAGAGGAGCGAGAUGAUAUGGAGAGGGUAAAGCUGGACAACAAGAGGAUACUCUUUAACCUCCUGCCAGCCCACGUUGCACAGCACUUCCUCAUGUCCAAUCCCCGGAAUAUGGACCUCUACUACCAGUCCUACUCCCAGGUGGGCGUCAUGUUUGCCUCCAUUCCCAACUUCAAUGACUUCUACAUCGAGCUGGAUGGCAACAACAUGGGGGUGGAGUGCCUGCGACUCCUCAACGAGAUCAUCGCUGACUUUGAUGAGCUCAUGGACAAAGACUUUUACAAGGAUCUAGAGAAGAUCAAGACCAUUGGGAGCACCUACAUGGCUGCAGUGGGGCUGGCGCCCACAGCAGGAACCAGGGCUAAGAAAUCCAUCUCCUCCCAUCUCAGCACACUGGCUGACUUUGCUAUUGAGAUGUUUGACGUCUUGGAUGAAAUCAACUACCAGUCGUACAAUGACUUCGUCCUCCGAGUUGGUAUCAACGUUGGCCCUGUGGUGGCUGGAGUGAUUGGUGCUCGUAGGCCCCAGUACGACAUCUGGGGAAACACAGUCAAUGUGGCCAGUCGGAUGGACAGCACCGGAGUCCAAGGCAGGAUCCAGGUGACUGAGGAGGUGCACCGUCUGCUGAGGAGGUGUGCCUACCACUUCGUGUGCCGAGGCAAAGUCAGUGUCAAAGGCAAGGGAGAGAUGCUGACAUACUUCCUAGAAGGCAGGACUGAUGGAAAUGGCUCCCACAGGUCUCUUCACUUGGAGCGCAAGAUGUGUUCUUAUGGGAGAGCUGGAGGCCAGGCCAGGCGGCCCCCACUGUGCCCCGCAGCAGGCCCACCAGUCAGGGCUGGGCUGCCCCCAGUUCCCACAGGCCAGUACCUGCCACCUGCAGCAGCGGGGAAGGAAGCUUAGCAGAGCUCAUGUUGGCCUCUGGAGGUGCAUGCAGGGCAAGAAUGCUCCAGGGUGACACAGGCCACUGUGGCUCCAGUCAGGACCAUCCAGAUGAGCAGAACAGGAAGACAGUGGCCGAGAUGGAGAAAGAGCAUUUUCCAGGUGUGACCUGAGAGUCAAUAGGAGAUGUGCCUAAGCCACCCACUUUGGGGCAUAGGGAGCCGUACCUGUUCCCAGUGGAGCUACCCAGGUCUGGCCAGUGUCACCAUGGAUGUUGGAACCUUCAGAAUAUCUGCAAGGAACACAACAAGAAUCAUGGAGGUCUUGCUGUCAGAGUCAGAGGAAUCCAUCACCAGUGAGCCCUGAGUUGGCACCACGGCAACCUGGCUGUGAUGGAUGGGUCCUGGCAUGUGGACAGCCUCAGUCCUAGGCAGCAGCUCCAAGAACUGUACUGGGAAGUCAGCCCCAUGGGGCAGGGCCAUGAGGGCUGAGCUCUUCACACUGUGGCCACAGCACAGAGCUGGUCAGGUCUUGGAACAGGACAGUCUGGGAAGAGUCAAGAAGCUGCCUCUCACUGCAUGGAGAGUGGAGGCUGCUGGCUUUUCUCAUGAGCAGAAUUUUGCCAGAUGCCAGAGGCAGGCCUCCUGGAACCAUCAGGGGGCCCCAGCCACACUCCAUUAUUGGCCAGCACCAGCUGCUUGUUCCCCUGUGCAUCCUCCCCCUGCCCCACCUGCCAGCUGUGGCUCCUGUGACAGCUGGGUGUUCCUUUUACUGCACCAUUGCUAGGUAUUCAAAGGAGAAGAGGGGUGAGCAUUGUGUCUUACCUGUUCCCCUGGUGUCUUGGAUACUGUACAUUACAAAAAUCAAGGCUCCGUUUGUGUUGAAAAUGAGUGACCAUCACACCACAAGCCAGUUUCCUUGAUGGGAGACAGUUUCUCUGACAGAAUCAGCCCUCCUGGAGCUGGCGGGUGGUGAUAGGGUUAGCAGAGUUUGUGGUUCUGAGUCCAGGUGCCCCUGUUUCAGUGUGCAAGGAGAGCAGCUGAAGGUGGUCCUGUUGACAUCUGGGACCUCCCACCUGUGCUUAAUGGUUGUGAUGGAUAUGAAGAUGAAGGGGUCUAGGAGAGCCAUUAGAUAGGUAGGAAUGGGCUGGCUAGAAAUAACUGGAAAAUUGGCUCCUGCAGACCUCUGACCUUGUCACAGGGAAGGAGGCAGCUUGAAAUAGGCUGGUGGGAAAGGGGAAGAGGCUCUAGGCCAGUACCUUGGUUGGUGAAUGUCCAGAGACCUGUAGCUUCAAAAGAUGGCAGAAAAGUUUAUGUGGAACAGGUGGCUGAAGCCUAUCCUGCUCAUGACUUUGGAGGUCCUUCUCUGCACGGCUCCCCAAGGACUCUCCCCAUUCCCUGGGGAUCUCAACUUUGCAGAAUAAGAGAAGAGCCCAGAUUUCCUUCCCUGAGGUGCAGGCCUGUGUAUGGCCGGCUUUGUAUGGAGCUUUGUCAGGAUGGGAGGAUGGCGUCCUUUAGCUCAAUCCUGGCUUGGUUGUGUGGUUGUGCAGGGACAGCAGGGACUUUGGCCUUAGCUGGAGCUUUGUGGGCCAGCUGGUGUGAUGAUGCUUGGGGCAAGCUGACUACCUAUCCCAACAGGACUCAGCUGAGGCAGGACUUGGGGCAGAGGUGGGCAGAGUGGAUAGCUUUAGGCAGGGGACAGGGGGAGGUGGGCCUGCACGCAGGGUUCCUGUGUACCUGGGGCCCUGGACUAUGGGUGACCAGUUGGAGCUGUGAGGAUUGUCCAUUCAUGACUCUGUGAUGGUGCAGGAGGCAGGCAGGUGGCCUCUAGUUUCUCCUGUGGGGGGACUGUGACCACGCCUGCCCUCCAUUGCUAUUUUCCUGGCAUCUUCCCCUGGGGCAGUGGUGGGGGCGGUGAGAAACUCACAGGCUAGGGCCAUGCUGGUCCCCAGGGCCCCACCACAGACGUUGGGGGUGGAGAAUAUGCAAUUUGUCCUUAGGUGGUCAUUUCUGAUUUGUGUGGGCCUAGUGUUUUGGUGUCACUAUAUGCAGGUGGAGGCUGCUCCUGUGAGGGGAGGGCAGGAGGAGUUACUCUCGGGGGCCUCUCCUUGUCAUCAGAGAUCAUGUGUAUAGGAAUAUGCUUUGAGGGGUGCUUCGGCGGCUCCUCAGAACAGGCAGCAUCCACCUGAGCCAGCUGCAGGGCUGGGAACCCGUGGGUGCCCUGCCACCACUCCUUAUCAGCCCCAUCUCGCGUCUGCUCCCAUGCUUUCCUGUCUUUGGGCCGAAAGGGUCAUUUUUAUCAUUUCCUUUUCCACUAGGCUUUUUUCAUCUCUGCUAACCAGAUUUGAGGCAGUCAGUUCAGACAGGAGUACACAAAGCGAGCAAAUACAUUGCUGGGCAAUAGCAAGGCUGGCCCUGGGCUCUGCAGGCUGUGGGGCUUCUUCCCCUCCUCCCAUUAUGGCUGUGGUGCUGUCCCCAGACCCACAGGCCCACCACAUAGCUUGGUCUUGGUUCCUGUGUCCCCCACAUGUCUCUGGCCCUCCAUUGCUACUGACCAUUGGGCCACCUAGGUCAGGAACAGAGGAGUGACUUUCAAAGAUACCCACACCCUGACUGGGGCUGGGCCUUAAGGGUGUGUUCUGUUACAUUGCCAAAGGGACUUUGCAGAUGGAAUUAAGGUUAGGAGCCUGAGAAUUGGAAAGGGUCCUAGACCUCUGGGUGGGCUGGCUGCAGCACAGGGCCCUGCAGACAUGGAUGAAGGGGCAGGAGGACCAGGGUGUGACCAUGACUGAGCGCUCAUAGAUGGUUUAAACAUGAGGUACCAUAAGACAACACUGGUGAAUGAACAUGAGGACAACCCCAGCCAGCAAAGAGGCAGUCAUGUUGCUCCCACAACUACAGGAGAUGAACUUGGCAACAGCCUGCAUGAGCAAGAGACAGAUUCACCCUGAACCAUCAGCAGGAUCCCAGCCUGGGGACACCUGGACUUCAUCUGUGUGACUCUGAGUGGAGUCAACAAACCACACCUUGUCCUAGCUGAGCUCCAUAGUGCUUCAUGGUUACGAAUGUGUGUGCAGAGCCCUCGAGGUAUGGUUGGGGUAAGAGGAAACCACUGCAGGGGACAAUGCUACCUUCUCUGGGCACAGGACUGUUCUGAAGUGGACCACGUGGCAGCCUUGGCGAAGUCUCUACUUCAGGGGCAGACAUCUCCUCCAUCAUCAGCAAAUUCCAAACCCUGUCUACUUCCUGUGAGGUCAGGAACACAUUUAGCCAUAAUGUUCCUUGGGGUUUGGUAAAAAUCAACUUCCUUUUUAUUUGUGAUAAAACUGUAUUAUAUUGCCUUAUUUAUUUUUAAUCUUGUACAAUAUUCAUGUACAAAUGUUAGAGCCAUUCGGGUAGGAUUCUUCUCUAAAUUAUUUAUUUUAAGAUGCUCUGUAAAUAGUGCACCAAUUACAGGUGCUGCCUGUUCACUUGUACCAAAAAUGAGGAAAAGCCCGGCACCCACAUCAACCCCUGCACGGUGAUGCCGUGGCCCUUGGGAAAUGACCCUGCGUGUUCCCUUCUGGACCCUAGCAUGCCUCCCGUGCCUGACACUGUAGAGUAGAACACAGCCCCAGAAUGCUUCCAAAUGCUUCCACGGGCCCUGCCAACCCAGGCAGGUCCACACCUUACACCCAGCAACCCAGUUGCCAGCCCGUGUUUCUCAGACUCUAAGCCUCCAGGGCUUCCUGACCCCUUCUGUCAUAGAAGCAAUAAUCGUAACUCUAUACUGUAGAGACGAGACUGACCUGAGCAGAUUGAUAAUUCAGAUAAGCCAUGCAAACAAGUUUGCUGUGGGGGACUGCCACUCCCAAACUCCCACCCCUCUGAGGACCCAGCUCUGGCAUCUCAAUUCCUAGGAUUGAGCUCAGUGCCCCAGGCAAUUGAGAAGAUCAAGCCAGCAUCUGACCUAAGUCCCCACACUUUUGGUCAGGAGAAGGAGGAGGAGUUGAGGGCACCUGCCCUCAUCCAAAUUCCGUCCUGAUUCUUGAAUGUCAAUGCUGGUCUCAUGUGACCUAGGAUGGUAAACUGCAUGGUUUGUCAUAGCAGAGCAUUGAAGCAUAACAUUUCAAGGCUUACCUAUGGUACACUGUUUUUAAAAAAUGUUGGUGUGUGGAAGGGUGUCCUCCUCACUUUGCACCAUGGCCUACUGGUGAGAGAAGAAUCCUCAGGGCAGGAUGCCUGGGUGAACCCAAGUGUGUGGCAGGAAAGGCUGAGGAGCCUUGAUUGAUUGAUAUGGAGGAUUCAGGCCCCAGGCUUGGCAGGAUGCAGCCAACCUUCAGCGACUCUGCAUUUUAUUUGUAUCUCACAGAAAGGCUUGUGUCAUAAUUCUUAUAGCAACCUGGAAAGAUUAUGUAGACUACUCGCUUAAAUGGGCCACUUUAGAAGGAAGUAGUUUGGAUUGAUGAAAUCAAGGUGUGUGGAGGGCUUCACUUGGGCACGUGCACCUGACCCUUCUCCAGCAGGGUGGUUUCUGAAACUCCCCAAGUCCCAGGCAUUUUGUUCACAACCCAUGCAGGGCCUCUGUCCAACAGGCAUGCAUGGUUUAUAAAGCAAGUAUGCACCUGUAAUUGUGCAUGUUACAGUUAUAGGAAGAGAAAGAGCAUGCUUACAUAUAUUGUACCUUUUACAGUACAAGAGAAGGUCCCAGAAGUGCUAUUAAUACUUUAAGUUCUGAAAACCUGCAGAUUUGAUGACUGUAUGUAAAGUAAUCCCCCAGAAACAUGGUUUUGAAACUUCAAUUUUUAAGUAUAUGCGUGCGUGCACACACACACACACACAAACAAAAAAUAAAAAACCUUCUUAGAAGUAAUUGAAUUUCAGAAUAUUUGGUUCAGUAAAAUAAAGAGCAAACUGACUGAGCCAUGCUCUGGCAGCCUGGAUGUUGCCUGGCAUAACUUUUUCUCUGGGUCCUGGGACAUCCUGCCUCCCUGGCUACAGUAUGCUUUGAAAGUUCAACUGAAUCAGUAGUUCCUUAUUUUCAGUUAAAAAUCAAUGUUAGAGAAUGGAAUGGAUGAUGGAAGUGGGAUUAUUUCUUCAUAUGAUACCUUGAGGUUUGUGUUUGCAUUCACAGCUCUUUAACUGGGGGUUGGAAGAGCUGCCCAGGAUUGACUUAAGGUAGAUUCAUGGGCCUAUUAGGGAAUGUAGUGGGACCCAGAGCUCAGCAGGCAGGAUUGGGGAGUUGUUCCCCGCUUACCUAAGUGUGGAAAGGUUAAUUGAAAGAGCACAGAAUGAUUCCUGUGCCAGAAGUUGUUUGGGUAUAUGAGUUGGUACCUUGAGUGAGACUUCUCCCUCCCUCCCCCAAGUUUGAUGUGAAGGCCUGAGCCACGUGAUUGCUUCAGUCUUGUGCUGUCUCAGUCCCUCACUGUGCCCAUUAAGUCAGCCAGAGUCCAUUUACCGCUGACUGAGCCAGAAGCUGAUAAGUUGAAACCACAUUUCCUGGGUGGCAGCUGGAUUAUCAGAGGCCUGAGCACCUGCUCCCUGUCCUGGAGGGAAGGUGGGAAUAGAACUGAGAUGAUUCUGGAGGUUAGUGUGUGGGACUCAGAAGGAAUGAUCUCCAAGUUGUGGUUUUCAUAUGUGGACUUGUGUGAUUGGGCUACUGGCAGAUGAGAGCUGUGUGGGGACCCUACCUGGAAGCCGUAGGCUCAGUGAUGCUGGACAGACUGACAGUGAGGCGGAGGUGUGUGGAAGGGAGCCCCUUGACCCUGCAGCUGUUCCCUCACACAAGGUCAGGUAUUCUGUGAGCACAACCCUGCACAGGGGCAGGCAGGAUGUUAGAGCCCUGCAGGGGCUGCCCCCUCGAGGAACCUAGAGGGACUUUGGAAUGUAUCUGGGGAUUUCCUACCUUAUCCUCCUGUGUGUUCACACCCUUCGUGAAGGCCAGUAACAGGCCAUUGAAGGUUUAGGAAAAGGAUGGGAGGGGAUAUGUCACCUCCAUGGUCUGUUCCAUAAACACCACGGAUCCAGUUUCAGAUGCUACAUUCUGGGGUUAGAUGUCCCUCAGUAACAUACCCAUCAUAUAAUGACUCAGAUAUGUAUAUUUUUAAAUUUCCUUGAAAAAAUGCAUCUGUUCUGUUGCAUAUUGGACCUGUUCACUAUCUUAGAAGAUAUAAUGAUUCCAGUAGAGGCCAUGCUUAGUCAGUAUGUGCCCCUGUGCACAUGUAUGAUAUAUAGUAUAAAUAAAAUAAAAAUUAUUCAUUCUUGGUAUUAAGAAGGAUUCAUAUAAAGAACAAAAUUAAAAUGGAGUACAGUCAGGUAAUUGUCACUAAGAGACUCCACUUCAUUUCCCCAUUAGAGUGAAGAGGGCAGAGGCAUCUCAGCCCCUCAGGAAUACCCACAUGGUCCCUGAGCUUCUGUGAGAUGACACAGACCUGUAAUCCCAGCUACUUGGGAGUUUCAGGCAGGAGAAUUGCAAGUUUAAGGCCAGCCUGGGCAACAUAGUAAGACCCCAUCUCAAAAAAAAGUCUCUCCAAUAUCAGCACUAAGGUCUAGAUACAUUGAGGCACUAACAUGCUCCUACUUCUUUUGGUUGAUUAUUUUUGUUUGGUUCUGUUUUUUUUUUUUUUUUUUUUUUUUUUUUUCACACAUGGAAAUCUAUGGAUCUGUGGAGAGACUUCAGGGUGGAUAUACAGCAGGAAUUCCCAAUGGGGAGCCAAGUGGGGGCCAAAUCUUGAUUACCACUAACAGCCCCCAGCUCCCAAACUGACUUAGAAGCCAGGCUUUCCAAUCAGGAUAUGUCAGCACUCAUCUCUCCAGCAAUAGACAGGUGACCUUCUUGGAUUGUGGCUCAGUGCUAGCUGGACAAACAAACAUCAGAAAACCAACCACAGUGGUCACCAAUCUGGCCUGAUCCCAUGUUCUCCGUCUUGACAGGCAUUAGUCAUUUUAGAUCGAAUUUCUUUAUUCUUCGUGAAAUUACUGAGUUUCUUGUGACAGGUCACUAGAUUUACUAUGUUCUGCACUCAACUACAGGGGAAGGGCAACCAUUACUCUCCUGUUUAGUUAAAACAGGUCUCCAGAGGGCCUUUUGUUAUGACCACAAAUUAAUACAUUCAUUACUAGUUCCCAAAUCUGACUUUUCAGUCGGUGCAAACCUUCUGUCUGUGGAGGAGAUAGAAUGAUAAUUAAUCUUGCUGUCCAUGGAGAAUCCAAGGCCUGCAGGUUAGAGAGUUGAGCUUGCCACACAGUCUUGAGAGGAAGGGCCAGGCUUCAACUCCUGUUCUGUUCCCCAUCUCAAGCCUUUGUGUUUUCUGUUACAUUUAGGAUUUACUAACAUUAAAAUCUGUAAUUGAUGGAGAACACUAUCUUGUCCACACAAUUAUGCCCAGCAUGGUGGAGAGGACCCACUUAGGAUGCUCUUCCAGGGGCAAGGCUUACUCUGACCCCUGUCCUAGGAGCUUGUGUCCAGGUCACAUUGGCCCUACUGUCCUUGGCUUCUUGAUGCUCAGUUAGAGCCUGCAAUUCCUCUUGGCUAAGUCAUUCCUUUUUUAACCUUACUGAUCCCCAGGAAGGAAAUAAAUUGCUAGGUUUUGGGACAAAACAAACAAACAAAAACCCUUCCUACUUGGUCAUAUUGUACUUGAACUUCUAAAACUCUUUGGGAACACAACCCGUCAUUGUGUCUAAAAUGAUAGAGUCUCCUUAAACAGGGAGGACAGCUGGUUUUUCUAGAAGGACCCUCUGACAUCAAAUAGUGCAUUAUAGCUCCUCUUCCCCAAGCACCCCCAAACUACACGCCAUUUCUCCACUUAUACCCAGCCUCCAGUUGCUGGUGAGGAGUUUCUUGAGCACUGAGAGGGCUUAGGUUGCCUUUCCCAUUUCUGCUCCUCUUCCUCUGCUGUGGAACCAUUCAGUGUUGUUAUAUGCUACUGUUGCAGUGUAGGAAGUCAAGGUGCCUUCCCAGGGAUUAGAGGAUGUAUGAAGAAUGGAUAUCCCCAGGAGCAUUCAUAAGGCAAGGAAGAGAUUACAAUAGAUGGUGAGAGGUUUGGCAACCACUCAAGCCAGGGGCCCUGGCCAUCUCCUGGGUGUUGGUUCCUAUUGGUACCAACCAGUACAGACUCGGAGAGGGUUGGUUUCCAAAGCUGUUUUCAGCCAUUAAUUGAGAAUUAAUGUUUAAACAGAGAUGACAUCCUAGACCAACUGCAGAGCCUAAACAAAAUAUCUUGCACUUAAUAAACUUGUGCAGGAUGUCUGUGCAGGAACAGCUGGCUCAGAGCAUCCUGUGGGUGUUCACCUUCUGCAGCAGGUGCAGUAAGAAGUUGACCCGACAGCAGCCAGAACUUGUUUCUUGCCUCCCACCAGCAACCACCACUCAACCCCGGGCCCCAGGCACAUGAAGCACAAGUCUCAGGGGACCAUUCCCACAUUGUGGGGAUCCCAAGGACACCCAUGGCACCUCUAGCAUACACCGGGAUUGUGGACCCAACUGAUCACCAGGAGCACACAUGCCCGGUGUGGAGGGGCCCUCUGUGUUGCCUUCAUCCCUGUUAAAACUGCGUAUAUGCAAGCCAUUUGCACUCUGGAAUUGCAUGCCGUGAAAUUCCUAAUUGUGUGGGACUUAGUUUGAAUUUGAAAUCGUGCAGCAUGCGCUCAGGCUUGCCCCUGAGUCAUCUGCUUGCUAGGUGCAGAGUACCCCUGUAAGCCAGGGUGAGUCCCGUGGAACCUGAGCUUUGCGUAGCUCUAGCACUUAGUAUGCACCGUCUCCUUUUAGCCCGAACUCCCCUUUCUACUAUCCUCUCAUUUAUAUUGAUUGCACUCCAACUUACACAAAUGGAAAUGUCAUUAUUAUGUCCAUCUCAGCAGUAAUUCCAUUCUGAUUUAAGGUAAGUCCAAAUCCCACCUCUGGAUUGUCUUACUUGCUGAGAAAAGUCACGUAAGCUCCUAUGCCCUGCGUUUGGCUAGAGAGGGUUGCAUCCCUUGGUGAGAUGAAGAGUGACACUGGCAAGGGAUCCUUUUCUCCCACACAGUAAACUCACUGAGGAUGCUUCUGUAGACAUGAGAACACAAUGAUUAUAUUCAGAAUCACAAUAACUCAAUCUCACUGGGUAACUUCUCAUGAUAGAUUUGUAUAAUCAAUACGGGUCUAUUUUUAUGUCAACUGAACACUGUAGAGCACCUUCCAGUCUUUUUCAAGAUUGUUAAAUUGAGACAAGUAAUUGAAUAAUUUGUCCUAUUUUUAUUUUAAAAAAAGUGAAUGGACUGAAAUGUUAAAUGUGAAUGUACAUUUCUUAAUUGCAACUUUUCUACUGAGUGUUUGCACUAUACUUUCUGGAGUCUUAUUUAACAAAAAUAAAGGAAAAAUUGCUUGACUAAACUGUGAUCAUUUUAAUUGAAAAAUAAAUGGUUGUUUGGAUGUUUUAAAGACACUCCUGGCUCUUUUACAUACUUUCAAGGGAAAAUUUUGAAUGCAAAAUAUUAAGCAUUCCAU